AUGCCCUCGUCUUGGCGCAUGCGAGCUGGUAGCAGUUGGAGGAGUGAUCUUGCGUGUCCUGCAUCAUCAAAACACCUCAGAGUCAUCGGGACGACAAAGGAUCGUCUGGUUCACCUCAAGUUUUCUUCCUCCUCCUCCCGCACGUCUCCCCUCCUCAAACCCACCGUCUCUUCCUCCCUCGUGGAGUCAGGUUCCUCCCUGCUGAUAGAUGAGGAGCAACAGGUGCAGCAAGAGUCGGGGGAGCCGGAGCAGGAGAAGGAGAAGGAGAAGCAAGAGAAGGAGAAGCAGCAGCAGCAGCAGCAGCAGCAGCAGCAGCAGCAGCAGCAGCAGCAGCAGCAGCAGCAGCAGCAGCAGCAGCAGCAGCAGCAGCAGCAGCAGCAGCAGCAGCAGCAGCAGCAGCAGCAGCAGCAGCAGCAGCAGCAGCAGCAGCAGCAGCAGCAGCAGCAGCAGCAGCAGCAGCAGCAGCAGCAGCAGCAGCAGCAGCAGCAGCAGAAGCAGAAGCAGCAGCAGCAGCAGCAGCAGCAGCAGCAGCAGGAACCUGGAUAA